AAUGUGUAGUGUGGUCGAACAACCGUCUAAUGUUUUUAUUGCAAAGAAGGAGACGUCAGUGACUGUAAAGAAUCUAGCUACCAGUUAUAACGAAUGUAAACAAAGAAACAAGCUCGAUACUUCCUUUACUAUCAAACAAGAAAUUAAUGGCUUAUCAUUGAAUUUUACAUUUGAAGGUGAGGAUGAUAGCCAAAUUUGUCCUGACAGGGAGAGAUUUUAUCUCUCAACUAAGAAUGCCGUUUCGUUGGAUGAUUGCAUGAAAAAAUGCGCCGAAUUCACUCUAUGCAUUCGCUUCUCUUUCUUCCAAUACUAUCUGGAAUGUAAGUUAAAAGCAUCAAGACGAUGUUGGAGAAAUGAACCAUGUGCCUUUAAUUAUAUAAAACGGCCUAAUUUUUGUUUUGAUUUAAUAAAGGAAGGCGUAAAAGAAAUUACGUCGGAAGUCUAUUUCGAUAAUGAAGGAGGCUAUUGCUAUACUCACCUACAUAGAAUGAACUUUCAAAGCGCAAAGAUGGCGUGUCGGUCGAUCGGAAUGCAUGUUCUAAAGCUUUGGAUUCAACAAGAUGUUGAUACUGGAAAUUCGUUUUUUGUAAGAUUAAGAAAAUUAAAAUUUCGUAACGUUUGGUUAGGUUUACAUAGAGCAUCUUCAGCCGAUACAUUCAUUUGGCAAAGCGACCUCUGGAAAGAUUUCGACGCCAUACCGUCUACGCACAGCAAAAUAGUUGAAACAGGCUUGGGAGAGGGUGCGUGUUUUACUGCCUCACUUGAUAGCGACUCAACUAUUGACUGGGUUAAUAGAGAUUGUUUCAAAAAUGUGGCUCAUGUUAUAUGUUUUAGGCCUAUUAUGGGAGAAUGGGGUCCCUGGGUUGCUUGGAGACCUUGCUCUACUUGUAAAGAAAGGCGUAUGGAGAGGCAUAGAGAUUGUAAUAUGCCAGAACCUAUAAUUGGAUCGUGUUUAGGCGAGAAAUUCGAUUACAAGAGUAUAAAUGUAGAAUCUGAACCGUUGCCGCCUUAUUAUUAUCAUAUAUAUGUUGGUUGCAUUUGUGGCACAUUAGUUCUCUUAUUUGCAUAUGUACUAAAGAAGAUUCAGUCUUCGUUCUAUGGCCGAUUCGUAGAGCAACUUCAUAACUAUGAGAGGGAAGCAGAGAGGGACUAUUUCACAUUGAAGAAUCGUUUAGCAGAUUAUGUGAGUGACGUUUGCGAGACCUCACCCAUUCGUACUUCGAAAAGUGUAAAACGUCAAAAAAGCUACACAUACACGUACAUUACUGAAACAGAUUCAGACCCAUUAAAAGAAUUUAAUCAAGCGGAAGAAGACGGAAAUAGUGAUAAAAUCAUGAUCGAAAAAUUGGAAGAGGCGGAAGAGGAAGAAGACGAUGAGAAAUUAGAUUAUAAAAAUAUUACAGUUGCAGUUGAUAUAGAAAAUCACGAUGAGAGAUAG